CGCGCACGCAUGGAUCAGCUGACUGUCAAUGGAUGACAGUCCUUACUGCUAGGAAUGUUGACAGAGAUUAAUGAUAUAUGUACAUUGUAUAAAUCGUGUAAAUAAUGCGACAAGGGAAAAAGAUACAAAAUGGAUGGAAUGGAGAUUAUAUUAAUGACUGUAGACGAAAUGCGAUAUAUGAUUGCGUUUGUGCGCAUGAUCCAUAAUUGUCAAAGUUGAAACCGUACAAAACGCGGGUCAAUUGACAGAAAGUGCGACAUCUUGUUGUGUGCUAGGAAGAUAUUAUGUUACACUACUAGUGUAUCGGUAAAAUAAAAAUAGAGGCUUUGUGUUAUAGAUACAAUACAAUAAUCAAAACAUCAAAACAUUAAAAUCCUAAUAGAAAGAUUGAAAAUGAUGGAAUCUCCUGGUCCGAGUUCAAUCACUAAUAUCUGUGAAUUGUGUAAUAAACGCACACGUUUGUAUACCUGUCCGCGAUGUGGCAUAGGUUAUUGUGGGACUGAAUGUUACAAAUCAGAUUUUCACACUGAUUGCUCCGAGAGUUUUUACAGACAGUGUGUCGAGGAUGAACUAAAAUCUCAGGAAAAUGACCCAUUUGUUAGGCAAAAAAUGAUAGAAAUUCUCAAGAGAGUACAUGAAGCAGACAUAGGCAAUGAUAUUUUAAAGGAGGAUUUUGAUGAAAAUAAUAGCGAUGAUGAGGACUGUGUAUUGGAUUCAGAUGAUGAACAAGAGCUUGUCGAUUUAGAAAGCAGAUUGCAGAAUGUUAAUUUUGAAGAUCCAAAUGAACUUUGGUCAGCCUUGUCAGAUACAGAAAAGCAAGAAUUUGAAGCAUUAUUAAAAAACGGGGAAGCAGAAAAAUUAUUGCCUAAGUGGAUACCAUGGUGGACUCAUCGUAUCGAAAGAAAAUUAAUUCUAUCCGUUGAAGAGGAUAUUAUGGAUGUUUACAAGGAUUUAAAAUAUCCCAUUUUAAUAGAUGUACCACUAUUUAGUGAAUUGCAGAAAGCAUCCCCUUAUGUUUACUUCAAUAUGACAAAUGUGAUAUAUGCUUAUGCAUAUACAGCUCUUUAUUAUAUUGGAGAUUAUCUAAAUUGCGCCGAAGAUGCUGCUAGUGUUUUUCUGAUUGUAUGUGCGAAUAUGAGAAACAAUGAAAUCUUCAAAGAUAUAGACUCGGCGAUUGAAUCUGUUGUAACAAAUAUCAAAAGUGUUGACUGGUUGCCUCAAAAUCAAGAAUGUUUAGCAGCUCUAAGAGACGCCGGCGCUUUGAUCUUGCAAGGACCAGGUGUUGAAAUGAAAACUCUCUAUAUAUCUGCAGCACUUUCAGAACUUCAUAGAUUAUUGACAAUAGCCAAAAAGGAAAUUUCAACCCAUAAAAAUGCGAAGAGCAAUCAAGAAUUUACAAAGAGAUUCCCACAUAGACGUGAUAAUGACAUUAAUCUCUCAAGAAAAAAUAUAAUUUUGUGUUUAAAAAAAUUAGAAUAUUAUUUAUCAUGGGUAAAAAACUAUGGGACAGAAAUUGUGUAAAGUACAAUUGCGAAAUAUUGUUUUAUUAUUUG